AUGUCGAACCGUCCUACUGUCGGCAUCAUCGGCGGCGAUGGCUCCAGCACUGGGGAGACCCAUCCUCUGCCCGCCGUCUUCAGCUCUCCCAUCCGUCCUGAUAUUGUCCAGACCGUGCACACCGGAAUGGCCAAGAACAAGAGACAACCAUAUGCCGUGAGCGAGAAGGCAGGCGAGCAGACAUCCGCAGAGUCAUGGGGCACAGGUCGUGCUGUCGCACGUAUCCCUCGUGUCUCCGGCGGUGGCACACACAGAGCAGGUCAAGCUGCGUUUGGUAACCAAUGUCGGUCCGGCCGCAUGUUCGCACCCACCAAGGUCUGGAGGAAGUGGCAUCAGAAGAUUAACUUGGGCCAGAAGCGCUUCGCGACAGCAUCCGCCAUUGCUGCCAGCUCGGUCCCCGCCCUUCUCCUCGCCCGAGGCCACCGCAUCUCGAGCGUCCCCGAAGUGCCCCUGGUCAUCUCCAGCAAAGUAUUUGAAGGAGCCGCGCUUGUCAAGACGUCUGCUGCCGCUGCUCUCCUAAAGGCCGUCGGCGCCGGGCCGGACAUCGUGAAGGUGCAGAAAUCCCGCAAACUGCGCGCCGGCAAGGGCAAGAUGCGCAACCGCCGUCACCGCAUGCGCCGCGGGCCGCUGGUGGUGUACAACCCAGAGGUCGACGGCAAGGAGCUCGCGCGGGCGUUCCGCAAUAUUCCUGGCGUCGAGAUAUCUUCCGUCUUUGCGCUGAACCUCCUUCAGCUCGCCCCGGGCGGUCACUUGGGCCGCUUCAUCAUCUGGACGUCGGCCGCCUUCGGUGCGCUGGACACCAUCUACGGAUCGACCAGCGAGGCCUCGGCCUUGAAGAAGGACUUCCUGCUGCCAUCCAACGUCGUGUCCAACGCCGACAUCACCCGCCUCAUCAACAGCUCUGAGAUCCAGUCCGUGCUCCGCGAGCCCAAGGGCUUCGCCACCACCAAGCGCACCGGCGUGCAGAAGAAGAACCCGCUCCGCAACCGACAGGUGCUGCUCCGCCUCAACCCCUACGCUGCCCAGUAUUCCAAGGACAAGCUGGGCCAGAAGGGCGUGGAUCACGGCAAGCCCGAGCGCGUCAACGAGAAAUUCCAAGAGGUCUUGCACGAGAACUAG